AUGGUGGAGAGAAGCGGGAGAAGUGGAAAGGUUUUGAGAGUGAAGGCAGGGGAUAGGGCAAAGGAGACAGAGCGGGUUGUGGCGGAGGAAGGGGAAGGGGAAGGGGAAGGGGAAGAGGAGGAGGAGGAGGAGGAGGAGGAGGAGGAGGAGGAGGAAGUUGCAAUGGUGAUUAUUGGUGCCGGUCGGAUAGCUGUUACUCCCUCUCCACUUCCUCACUUCCCCUCUUCGCUCACACCACCUCUCACCCCUCCCUGCACUUCCUUCCUACACUGCUCUUCUCCCCCUCUCACCACUGCUGUUCAUACAUCACUCUCCUGGAUCUGUGCUCAUGAAGAAGGGCAGCAGUAG